CGUAAACUUCCAUCCAUUGCAGCGACGUACAUCGCCGAAAACGCCGCAAAAAUGCCUGGUGUCGCUACCGAGUUUCAGAAGAUCAUCGAGAAUGGCCGAGAUCGCAAGAAGAACGAAGCCCUCGCCAGCAAAAUCUUCUCCAAGGACCGCAGAAAAAGCGCUCCCGGGAAACUGAAGCCCUCAGCUGGUCCUUCGCUCGCCUCUCGCGUCGGCGUUAAGAAGACCUCUGCCCGUACCGCUACGACAAAUCGCCGCGCCUCCGUACCAGCCGGCAACGUCAACGGCGACUGGACACACGAUCUACACCAUACCGUCUCCAAGGCCGGCGCCGGCGCCGGUUCGCUCGCCUCACGCAUCACGCCUGCGGGCAGCAAGCCCAAGAAGGCCAACAAGCAGGCACGCCUCGCCGCCGCCCUCGAUGCCAUGGACGUCGACCAGCUGAGCAUUCAGCGAGCCGCACCCGUCGCUCCAUCCCUGACAAUCAAGGGCCUUGCUGGCCCAUUUGUCGUCAUGGGCCAGAACUUUGCGCCAGGCACCACCCCCGCGGACGUCGAGUCGGCCAUGACGCCAAUUGGCGGCGAGAUGGUCAGCUGCCGCCUCGUCAAGUCGCAGCCAUUUGUGCUGAUGGAGAUGAUAUUUGCUUCGCGCGAGGGCGGCGAGCGUGUAAUUGAGACGUUCAACGACAAGACGGCUGAUGGCCGCAUAAUCAAGGUGUAUGCGAAGCAGGGCAAUGCACCGGCCUCGGCACCGACAGGGCCAAAGAAGGUGCCUACGGGACCCAGAGCGCAGCAGACGCAGGAGCCGGGGAAUGGAGGACUCGUCAGCGAUGGCAUGUCGAGAGGGAAGGGUAGAGGACGUGGCGGACGUCGAUGAAGAGCUGCAGAAAGGAACAAAGUGUGUGUUUGUAUAAAUGUAUAGCUGGCGUUGGGGGAUAUUUUUCUUAUUUUUGAUUUUGAAUGGACAUUGAUUACAUUGUAUUUUAAUCUACGUUGUGUAUGUGUAUGUACGUAGGGACCUGAAAACAAGGAGGACUGACUAUGGGACAUCACAUCACAUAACAUCACUAUUGUGCACUGUUUGGUGGUUUGAACAUAGUGGUAGUCUUACUAGCAUGUGCAGCUAUAAACCCAUCAUAUACCCCGUCUUCCCUUUCCCAGCCCACUUCCCAUGCCAGAACAAAGGAAACCAGAAAGCGACAAUUUACCUGCCUACAAAAACUUUCUUACAAUCUUCCUUUUUUGACAACAAUAACCACAGUCCGGCUUCAAUGAAACCAAAACAACAAAGAAAUUCUACUCUUCUGGCCGCUUAGCGACCUAAUGCCAUGUAUUCUGACCCUGAUGCGUAUAGCCUUCCUCCAGUGUCCGCUCUUCUAGGUUGCGGAUAAAGUCACGGUUGCUGCGCGAGCCGCCUUGCUGCUGCGUGCGGCUACCCCGGCGUGCUCGUCCUGGCGUCGUGUCCAUGCCUUGACCAUGCCCAAGCUCUCCCGGUGGCGGGUAGUACGCUGGGCUAGGCUGCAGACGAAUCGGUUGCGACGGGUCCAAGUGGCUAGCAACACGCUGGAUGGCUGCAGGAAUACCGCUUUGCUGCUGCUCCAUUGUUGAUGCACGCUGGCGGUUCGUACGCAUACCACCCUGCUGCUGCUGUUGCGGCUGGUACAUGUUGGGCUGUUGCUGUUGUUGCUGAGGCUGCAUGUUGUACGGCGCGGCGGGCAUUCCUUGCUGCGGAGGCAUCAUCUGGCCGUACUGUCCGCCCUGUGGUGCGUAUGCCGAAGCCAUGUUUCCGUGACCGCCGGCGGCAGGGUACAUGGGGUUGGCGCCGUACAUUUGCGGUUGAACUUGUCCGGCAGACUGGGCGUACUGCGCGGGAGGCAUAUUGGCAUAGGCUGUUUGUGCUGCAGAGCUGGCACUUGCUUGGGCAGCCUGCGCUCGCUGCUUGCUAAGAGCCUCGGCUUGCUGCUGCUGGUGCGUGCCUGGUGCCGGCGAUCUGUUAAGUGACGUCGACUUGAGGUUCAUGGGUGGCACAAACGGCGCCGUGUACUUUUGUUGUGUGAUGAAAGGGUGAAGCUUGGCCUGCUGCGGUGACCAUCUCUCUAGUGGGUUGAUGUUGAGCAACCCGCGGACAAAGUCGAUGAACGCUACUCUGUUGUUCAUUUCUACAGACACUGUUAGUUUCUCGUCCAUUCCCAUCAGCUAUCUUCAGAUAUGCAGACUUACCUCUAUCAAUCUCGCUUUGCUUCAUAUUCUUGCGAGGCAUAGGAUAGGAUUUGAUAAUUUCGGGUAGCGUACUGGCCUGGAAAUACUUCUUGCUGGGCUGCUCCUUGGUGUUGUGCUCGCGCGCGUACUGCUCCAUAGGCUUGAGGCUGUAGGUUCGACGGCCGUAUUCGUCCUGGCGCUUCUCGAAAAAGUCUCCGCCCUGCUUACCGACUUCGACCAUCCAGUUAGGAGGGUUGCCCAUCAUUUCGACGAUGCGUGACACUUGGUUAUACUCUGACGAGCCAGGGAAAAGCGGCAAGCCCAAAAACAGCUCCACGACAAUGCAACCCAACGACCACAUGUCAAUGGCUGACGAGUAUGGCAGACCGAGAAGGACUUCAGGCGAGCGGUAGAAUCGCGACUGGAUAUAUGUGUAGACGGUCUGACGCUCGUCGCAGGCGGAACCAAAGUCGAUAAUCUUGAUAAUCGGGCUCUCGAGGUUCUUGAGCAAAAUGUUUUCGGGCUUCAAAUCGCAGUGAAUAAGGCGAGCCUUGUUGAGUAGGGCUAAGCCAUUGAGCAGCUGCUGCGCAAAAACACGGACCAGCGUCGUGCUGAGACCGCGGAACUGGUUCUGCUUGAUGAGCUCAUACAAGUUUACACUGAGCAACUCAAACACAAGACACAGAUGCUGCUUGUGGAUGAAGGUAUCUUUGAGU